AUGCAUUACUGUUCUAUUACCCCAUCAUUUGUUGGUUAUCUUAUGUGUGGUGAAAAUCCAUCUUCAGAUGCUGAAAUGAUGGAACCUCCACCUGGUUUUCCUGUUGAUUCAUCUAUCAAACUCCACAAAUAUGAAGCUCGUUUAAUCGUAGCUCUACAUUUGAUGGGGAAGAAUUCUAGUAACUCUGGUUCUGGUUCUGGCUCCGUAUCGUUCACUCAACGUUUGCUUUUGGCUUUUCAAGACGGAGAUGCCAUUGCAUUCAAAACUACUCGAGAAAUAGAAGGACCUUAUUGUGAAAUUGUUGAGCAUAAGUUCAAGAAACCAGUUGCGUUAGCCGGGCCAGUAUUGCUCGAACCAAUAGAGACUUCAAAUACAGAGGAAAAUUGGUCAAAAUGGCUCAAAAAAUUCCAAGAAAAGACGGUUAUUUUGUGUGCAUUUGGUAGAGAAUGUAAUCUCAAGAAAGAUCAAUUUCAAGAACUGGUUUUGGGACUUGAACUUACUGGUUAUCCGUUUUUCGCUGCUUUAAAACUGCCUAUUGAAGCUGAGACAAUCGAAGAGGCAUUACCGGAAGGUUUCAAAGAGAGAACACAAGGGAAAUACAUUGUUCAUUCGGGAUGGGCAGAGAAACAAUUGAUGUUAUCUCAUCCUUCUGUUGGAUGUUUGUCACUCAUUGUGGCGGGAAUUCGUUAUCGGAGGCCAUGA